UCUAAAUGGCGGAACAGUGAAAAGAGCAAUUCGGAGUGGUCUGAUUUCGGAUAUCUCUAUCAAGCAAGUGACGAACUAGCGGAAUACUUAUAUUUAUCAUUUUGGCUAGCAUACUUAACUAACGGAUUGUUUUCUCCCAGUAUUUAUUCUAGUAAAUCUGGUAAGGGUACUUCCAUCAUUUAAAGCACAAGAUCCCCGAAAUGGCAGAUAACAACACAGAACAAAAUGAAGUCAAGCUUGAUAACACUUCCUCCCCUGGGAUUUCAGACCAAGAAAAAGAAAUGGCUGCAAAUGCGUUCGAGGCUUUUACGGCUGGAAAAUAUGACGAAUCUUUGAAACACCUUGGCAACCUGCAAGAGCUGAACAAGGAGGACUACAAAAUUGCUUUGAAUAAAGCAAUAGCUGAAUUCUACAAGAGUGGCCAAACCACCACAGGCACCCUGAAACAGACUCUUAUUGCAAUAAAAAACCAGGUUCACACUUCAAUGGAAGAUAUUGAUGGUUUGGAUGAUGUAGAAAACAGUUUGCUGUACUACAAUCAAGCUAUCAUUCACUACCACAUGAGGCAGUAUUCUGAAGCUAUUGCUAUUGGGGAGAAGCUGUACCAGUUUCUCGAGCCGUUUGAAGAGAAGUUUGCUCAGGUGGUCUGCUUCUUGCUGGUGGAUUUGUACCUGCUAACGUACCAGCCAGAGAAGGCCCUCCAUCUCCUCGCCGUGCUGGAGAAACUGGCUGUACAGGGAAAUAACAAGAAUGGCAAAGGAGAGGGUGCCAACAGCUCAAACAAAGAUGGUGGGAACCAGAAGGCAGAGUUCAUUGCCAUGAUCGAGGCAGCUAAAUCAAAAAUGCACCAGUACAAGGUGCGAGCGUACAUUCAGAUGAAGUCAUCAAAGGCAUGCAAACGGGAGAUCAAGUCUGUGAUGAACACAGCAGGGAAUUCUGCUCCCUCACUCUUCCUCAAGAGUAAUUUUGAGUACCUGAGAGGAAACUACCGCAAAGCAGUGAAGCUUUUAAACAGCUCUAACAUCGCAGAGCAUCCAGGAGCCAUCAAGACCGGUGAAUGUGUGCGCUGUAUGUUCUGGAACAACCUGGGUUGCAUACACUUUGCAAUGGGGAAACACAACCUCGGCAUCUUCUACUUCAAGAAGGCCCUGCAGGAGAACGACCACACGUGUGCACAGCUGGGGGAUGGUGGAGCGACGAGUAACGGGCAAUCUAAGAAGUUCUCGGGCAUCCCAAUGUGCGCGCUGCUAGCCAACAAGCGCUAUGAGCUGCUGUACAACUGUGGCAUCCAGCUGCUUCACAUUGGCCGGCCAUUAGCGGCCUUCGAGUGUCUGAUGGAGGCUGUGCAGGUGUACCACUCCAACCCUCGUCUCUGGUUACGGCUGGCUGAGUGCUGCAUCGCAGCCAACAAAGGAAGCUUAGAACAGGAGAACAAGGGUCUUCCCAGUAGAAAAGGGAUCGUUCAGGCCAUCGUGGGGCAAGGUUACCAUCGCAAGAUCAUCCUAGCGUCACAGUCCACCCAGAACACCGUCUACAGUGACGGCCAGUCUGCGGCUAUCCCGGUGGCCAGUAUGGAGUUCGCUGCCAUAUGCCUGAGGAACGGCCUGGUACUCAUCCCUGAGCACCCGAAUCAGGAGACGAAGGCAGAGAACGGCUCCAAGACGCCGAGUCAGUCGGGCAGCACGGAGAGCGGCUCGGAGAACAGCGACGCCUGCAGUGGAAAGGGUCAAGAGGGGGACAAGUUCCUUUCUGCAGCGCCAUCUUCACCUCUUCGUAAACAGGAGGUUGAAAACCUCAGGUGUUCCAUCCUGGCCUGCAGUGCCUAUGUAGCUCUGGCCUUAGGAGACAACCUGAUGGCCCUGAACCAUGCAGAGAAACUCCUUCACCAAACCAAGCUGUCUGGAUCCCUCAAGUUCCUGGGUCACCUGUACGCUGCUGAGGCACUCAUAUCUCUGGACCGGAUCUCCAAGGCCAUUGGUCACCUCAACCCAGAGAAUGUGACGGAUGUGUCCCUGGGGGUUUUGUCCAGUGACCAGGACCAAGGGUCAGAUAAAGGGGAUCUGGAGCCUGUGGAGUCGUCAGGGAAGCAGACCCCGCUAUGUUACCCCAGCACAGUGAGCUCCGCCCGGGCUAUGAUGCUCUUCAACCUGGGCAGUGCCUACUGUUUGAGGAGCGAGUAUGAGAAGGCCCGCAAAUGCCUGCAUCAGGCGGCCUCCAUGGUGAACACAAAGGAGAUUCCUCCUGAAGCCAUCUUACUGGCAGUCUACCUCGAGCUGCAGAACGGGAACACACAACUCGCCCUGCAGAUCAUCAAACGAAACCAGCUCCUCCCCUCUGUGCUCCAGACGCCCUCCCCAGACACGCGAAAGAAGCCUACUCCCUCCUCCUUCCAGCCUGUUCAACAGCCCAUCCAGCAGCCACCCAUCCAGAUGCCCUCACCCUUCACAACAGUCCAGCGCAAAUAAUCCCCUCAGCCCUCCCCCCAACCCCCCCCUCCCUAAACCAUCACUGUCAGCACUCGCCUGUGGACCCCUAUUAACUCUCAGUGUAUUAUUUAUAGAAGACCGGCUGCCCCCUCCUCCCCUCCAGCGCCAGUGCAGGAUGACGUUCUCCCUUGAAGCUGAUCUUGGGUCAGCCUUUAAUCCCCCACACUAAUGGUUAUGGUUCGGUGUGGGGGGGGAGAAGCUGACCCUGGAUCUUUACCUAGGGGAAACGUUAACCCUCCGUGGCCAGACCGAGCUCUCCAAGCCAGGCCUUCGUAGUACAAAUGUUCUCCCGGAGGGCAAAUAAAGGAUGAGUUCCAAAUGGCUCCCUAUGUAGUGCACCUGGUCCAAAGUAGCACACUAAGUAUGGGGAUACUUGGUAUUUAGGACACACCUUCAUUUGGUUUGGUAGUGGUGUGGAUGGGGUUGAUCACCAGCAGAGUCUUUGGAGCAGAUCUGUCAUUUCUCUGCUCUCUGAGAGUUUUCACUACCCAUUCAUGACCGCAACACCUGCUAUAUGUAAUGACUGACUUCUAAGGCAGAUGGAUUAAAUACCUGUAUGAAAAUAAAUUUUAUUUACAGAAAC